UGGCCCCCUUCCUGAACAUUUCCAGAUCAGCCCUAGGGUGCAAAGAUUCCAGAAUCUUCCAGAGUAACGGAGCUGGCCCUCCUUCCAGUUCCAGGCAGGCCACAGAGAGAGAUAAAAGAAAAUUGUGCUAACGUGCAAGGUGAUGAGUUGGCUUCCAGCCUCGCCCUCCAAGUACCUCCUCCAGCCAGAGAGAAACUUGUUUGUCUGCUCUCAGAAAACUCCCACACGACACAACACAACACAAGGUGAUGGGAACAGAAGUUUAGCCUCCCAAAACUUAUUUUUCUGGGACGUCUGUUCCCAGCCUUGGACUCAGCAGAUAAGACAACUGCUUGUGGUGGGACCGCUCUUCCUGCAAUUUCGCCAGCCUGAUUCCGGCACGAAGAAGGAACAGUAUCUCGGCAGCUAAAGCUUCUCACUGGAUCCCAAAAUCUUUGCAAAAUAUUUACUUUAGAGAAAGGCUCCCUGUUUUCCUCUACCUAACUGAAGUGAAUAAACAGAACUCCUGCUUGGACUCAAACCCAGUGCUGGAUAGAGCUGGCACUCCACGAAGAAGGGGAUCUGACUCGCUCGUUGUCUUUUUCAUCCCGCGGACCCACGCGCUGGGCAGACGAGGCAGCUGGCAGCCAGGGCAAGCAGCAGCGAUGGAGCCGAGCGGUACCAGCCCUCCGUCUCCACCUCCCAGCAGCCGGACUGCCUUCCCCCAGCGGACCUUGGAGGCUGUUGAUAUUGUUGUCCUGGUUUUGUACUUCGUCUUUGUGUUGGCUGUGGGCCUGUGGAGUCUCAACAUCUUUUUUUGUAUUGUGGUGACCAGAACUGGAUGCAGUAUUCCAAGGGUGGUCUUACUAAGGCUUUGUAAAUCCAUGUGGAAGACAAAACGAAGCACCGUCAAGGGUUACUUCCUAGCUGGAGGCGAGAUGGUCUGGUGGCCGGUGGGGGCCUCCCUGUUUGCCAGUAAUGUUGGCAGUGGGCAUUUCAUCGGCUUGGCUGGCUCCGGUGCGGCCUCUGGAAUUGCCGCCACAGCCUACGAGUGGAAUGGGAUGUUUUGUGUCCUGGUGCUGGCGUGGCUGUUUGUUCCCAUCUACCUUGCAAGUGGGGUUACAACCAUGCCAGAAUAUUUGCAGAGACGGUUUGGUGGCAAACGGAUUCAGAUCUUCCUUGCAAUUCUCUACUUGUUUAUCUAUAUAUUCACCAAAAUUUCAGUUGACAUGUAUGCUGGAGCUCUCUUCAUCCAACAGGCCUUGCACUGGGACCUCUACAUAGCAGUCACUGGUUUGCUGGUCAUCACUGCAAUUUACACUGUGGCAGGUGGCCUGGCAGCAGUGAUCUACACGGACACCCUGCAGACGGUUAUCAUGUUGGCUGGUGCACUCACCCUGAUGGGCUUCAGCUUUGCCAAAGUCGGAGGCCUUGAGGACCUGAAGAACAGAUACUUCAAAGCCAUCGCAAGCAACCACUAUGGAAACACCAGUUGUGGCUUGCCAAGAGAGGAUGCCUUCCACAUAUUUCGGGACCCUGUCACGUCCGACUUUCCCUGGCCAGGUAUCCUAGUGGGAAUGACCAUCCCAUCUCUGUGGUACUGGUGCACCGACCAGGUCAUUGUCCAAAGAUCCCUGGCAGCGAAAUCUCUCUCUCAUGCCAAGGGCGGUGCCCUGUUGGCCUCCUACUUGAAGAUCCUACCCCUCUUCAUGAUGGUCUUGCCUGGGAUGAUCAGCCGCAUCCUCUUUCCAGAUCUAGUGGCCUGUGCUGAUCCUGACUCCUGUAAAGAGAUUUGUGGCAAUCCAUCUGGAUGUUCAGAUAUUGCGUACCCCAAACUUGUCAUUGAGCUUCUGCCACUGGGUCUAAGAGGGCUUAUGAUGUCAGUCAUGAUCGCAGCACUGAUGUCCUCUUUGACUUCCAUCUUCAACAGCGCAAGCACCAUUUUCACCAUGGACCUUUGGCGACAUCUUCGACCUCUGUCUUCUGAAUGGGAGCUCAUGAUUGUUGGCAGGAUGUUUGUUCUGCUCCUUGUCGUCAUUUCCAUUUUGUGGAUCCCGCUGGUGCAGGCCAGCCAAGGUGGACAGCUCUUCAUCUACAUCCAGACCAUCAGCUCUUACCUGCAGCCCCCGGUGGCCAUUGUGUUUAUUCUCGGAUGCUUUUGGAAGCGGACAAACGAGAAGGGGGCAUUUAGUGGUCUUUUGGUUGGCAUGGUGAUAGGCCUGAUCCGGAUGGUUUUGGAUUUCGUCUACCUGCAGCCGGGCUGUGGGGAGUCGGAUAACCGGCCAGCUGUGGUGAAAUACGUGCAUUAUCUCUACUUCUCCAUGAUCCUGGGGGUGAUCACGCUCAUCGUGGUGGUGGCUGUCAGCCUCUUGACGGAGCCCCCUCCGGAGGAAAUGAUCAGCCGCCUCACCUGGUACACCCGCAAGGAUGUUCCAAGAAAAAAUGAUGUUCCAGUUGCAUCGUUAUCCAUUCCGGUCAAAGGAAUCCAUGAGGCUGGUGGUCCUUCUCCUGCGGGGCAGCUGGAAAUUACGGAUGACCCAGAACACACUUGCAAAAACGGUUCAGGUCCUUUGGACACAAAGGAGAAGGAGAAGAAGUCUAAAUUCAUGAGCCUCUUUUUGUGGGUCUGUGGGAUGGAGAGCAGAGAUAAGGACUCACCCGGGACGCCUGUUGAAUCCAAAGCUGGAGUUGGGUCCAAGGCUUCCCUUGAUGAACCACCUCUGGUGAAGCACAUCCUCAACAUCAACCUGGUCUUGUGCAUCAGUGCCGGGGUCUUCCUCUGGGCCUACUUUGCAUAGCCUCGGACCCUGCCAGCCAUUGCAGAGACGCUCUUAGUGCUUGCACACCUGGAGAUACCAUCAAGAACGAGGAGCACCAAAGAGAAGACGAAGGGACGAUCUUGCACAUUAUACAUCGUUUGUAUCCCAUAGGAAAAAUGGUAGAAUGAUGUGAAGGAUUCUGCUUUGGCUGGGUCAGGGUAGCGAAGGGAAGCCUUUGCUAUAAACAUUGCACGUUCAGUGCGUGUAAAAAAAAAAAAACCAACCAGAAGGACUUUGCACUUUUGAUGUUUUAUCCCCUCUGGAUGCUCUUGGACCAGAAUCAUAAACAAGCAGCAUUCCCGGGAUUCAUGGAGCUUAAAAAAAAAAAAAGCCAGUGAUGACAACAGUGUAUUUUUAGUCAAUUCACACGUGUCUACUUGGAAUAUGGAAAAAAUAUUUGAUAAAAUCAGAUCUGGAUGGAAUGGCAUGCAACAUUCUGCUGCAAGUUGGCUUGAUGGCAGAACGUUAUUUGAAGAAGGUCUUGUGGCUAUGUUUUUCCUUAAAGUCACAGGGGGCCUAAUGAUGGAUUUUGCCCCAAUUCUGCUUUUUGAAGCUCUGUGUCUUCUGUUUUGCCACGUUGUGGACUUCUGGGGCUGCCUGUGGUGUAAGGAGCAAGGAAAAGCGUCAAGGCACCCCUCACCAGUGGUGGGCUGCUGUUCCCGGUUCGGACCAGUUUGGGAGAACUGGUAGUUGUGACUUGUGGGUGGGGUGGGGUGAGGUGGGGUGGAUCCGCCUCCACCCACCUGCUCUGGCACUGUGCCAUCCUAUUUAGCCACGUUUUUUAAGCCACGCACAUGCAUUCAAGCACACGCAUGAGCAAAGCACAUGUGCAAAUGCACACACUCACAUUUUUGGUGCUGGGGCGAACCAGUUGUUAAUUCAUGUGCUACCCACCUCUGCCCCUCACCUAAUGUGGGGGAUAAAGUUGCUGCAUUGUUAGGAUGGGAUCCAUUCCUUAGGCCAGUUCUUUUCAUGGACAUCUUCUCUGAGGAUACUUUGAGGAAUCUCAAAACCCUCAAAAGAAAAAGGAUUUGUAGGUGCAACUAUGUCCCAAGGACACUUUGGUGGGCUGAUGCAAUUGAUACGAAGACCCCUUGCUCUGUUAGGCGGAGUGUCCCCCGGACUCAGCUGCCAGCACGCUGUCUUGCAGGAGCCCCUAAGAGCAUCUCCCAGAGCCAGCAAUCUGAGGGUCCCAUCUGGGCAGGAAGUCCAUUCCACCCUUAUGGCCCUCGUUCCUUUCAGCUGCUGGACUAGACUGCGGUAGACCCACAUGGUAAUUGCAGCAUGGUUGCAAUGACAUAUGGGGCCAAGCCUAAUACCGUGUUUCUCCGAAAAUACGACCUACUCAAAAGUAAAUUCUACCUUAAGAGCGAAAAAAAGAUGUGCGCAAGUGAGGUGAGUCUGUGGAUGACAUCCCAACCCCUGAAAAUAAGACCUGGUGCCUUUUUUUGGUGGCAAAUAUAUAUAUAUAUAAGGCAGGGCAGUGGUGAAAUGUAAAAUUUGUUUUUACCGGUUCUGUGGGCAUGGCUUGGUGGGGUGGGGUGGGGGUAAUGUGACUGGGUGGGCAUGGCCAGCUCUUUUUUAAAAAAAAAACUUUUAAAACCAUUUUUUCUAUAACCUCUUUGGCCGAAGAAGUUGUUAAAAAAUGCUUUUAAAAGGCUCUGACGAUCUGAAGCUCAGUUGCCUGAUAGUCAGAGGCUUUUUUUUCUUUUAAAAACAUUUUUUCUACAACCUCUUCGGCUGAAGAGGUUGUAGAAAAAAAUACUUUUAAAAGCCUCUGACGAUCCCAGCUGAGCCGCACGAUCAUCAGAGGCUUUUUUUUUACUUUUAAAAGCAUAUUUUUGGUGGAAGAGGUUGUAGGAAAAAAUGCUUUUAAAAGCCUCUGACGAUCCCAGCUGAGCCGCGCAAUCAUCAGAGGCUUUUUUUUUACUUUUAAAAGCAUUUUUUCGGCGGAAGACGUUGUAGAAAAAAUACUUUUAAAAAUAAAAAAAAAGCCUCUGAUCAUGGCGUGGCUCAGCCGGGCAUGGGAGGGAGGGGCAGGAUGUUUGCUACCGGUUAUCCAAACCAUACGCCGCCAUCGCUACCGGAUUGGGUGAUCCGGUCCAACCUGGGAGCAUUUCACUCGAGACAGGGUCUUAUUUUCAGGGAAACACGGUAGAGUGUGAUUAAGUUGGGCUUUCCAACUCCAGACAUGUAAACCAUGGUUUGUGGCUAAGUGCAGAAUAUGGUUGAGAAUAGCAGCUUUCCUCAGCAGCGGCCCAGGCCUUGAGGGUCUCGGCUACAAGGAGGGCCAAACGCCACUUCCAUUUGCUUACAGUUCAGGUGUGUUUGGCGCACAGACAUUUUUUUUCCAGGGGAAGGAAGUAAUGCCGAUGACAAACAGUAUCAGGCUCCGAUAAAAAUGUUCCAUAGGAAAGUGCGGGAGAAGCUGGAUCUUUAACCGGAAAGGAAGCUAUGGAGGCAGGAUGAGAAAUCCAAAGGGCUUCCCCAUCACAUUUCUGUGGGCAGCACCAGAAAGGACUGUGGUUCCCUCAUGUUCAGCAGAGGAUCUGUGGGCAGCGCCCUCUUCCUGGGUGCAAAAAUGCAGACUGUAUUGUUUACAGAAUACUUUGGGUGUAACGACAUGUUUUUCAUGGUGUUUUAAAAGAAGAUCAACGUAUGUGUUGCUAUUUAUUAUUCUGAAGAGAGUGAGGGGCCUCUGCAGACAGGCAGCUCUAUCCCUGGGCUCUGCUGGAUCUCCUUGGACCAGUUUUCUUCUCGAGGCACCCAUAAGCCGACUUCAAGUCUAUGUUUACCAGACGGGAUGUCCUGCACACAGAGACUACAUCAUGCCAUUCUUUUUUUCUUUUGGAGGAGCUCUAUAACAAUAAAUACAUACAGCUCAA